AUGGCACAUCCACGGAAAACGCCAGAUGAAAUCCCUUAUAGGAGGAAGACCUCAGCCAAUGAAUUUGAAUUAUUGUCCAUCAAUCAUCAGUUGGAAGACAUUGUGUCCAGCGUCAUCACUAUCGCUCGUGAAACGCACUACUGGACUGUGGGCGUGGAUAUAUUAGACAAAACACAAAAAGCUCCCCCUGCGUUAGUGACAGCACUCUCCGCGGCGCACAGGUGGGCAGGGACAGAAGCCUACAACGGCAAAAUGGCAACCAGAGGCAGUGUGCGACCAUUUCAGAACUUCAAUGCAAAACAGGAUGCUGAGGUCCUACACAAAGCCAUGAAAGGCAUUGGGACUGAUGAAGAUGCUAUCCUUAUGCUUUUGGCUGCCCGCUGUAAUGAUCAGAGACAGCUAAUCAAAGCUGCCUUUAAGAAAGCCUAUGGGAAGGACCUGGUGAAGGAAUUAAAGUCAGAGCUGGGAGGGAAGUUUGAAGACUUGGUCGUGGCUUUGAUGACUCCUCCCAUAAGCUAUGAUGCUAAUGAACUCCGUAAAGCCAUAAAGGGGGCAGGGACAGAUGAUAAAGUUCUCAUUGAGAUCUUGGCCUCCAGGACAGGUGACCAGAUAAAGGAUAUCAUCAAGGCAUAUAAGAAAGAGCACAGUGGUAAACUGGAGAAAGACAUCAUGGGAGACACAUCAGGCCAUUACCAGAGGAUACUGGUUAUUCUUUUACAGGGAAACAGAGAAGAGGGAGUGGAUGAGAGCCGAGUGGAGAAGGAUGCCAAGGAGCUGUUUGCAGCUGGUGAAGAGAAAUUUGGCACUGAUGAAGACAAGUUCAUCAACAUUCUAGGCAACAGAAGCGCAGAGCACCUGAGAAAAGUGUUUGAUGCCUACAAAAAGAUCGCUGGGUGUGACAUUGAAGAGAGCAUUAAAGGAGAAACCUCUGGAAACCUUGAGAGUACUCUACUGGCAGUAGUGAAAUGUGCUCGGAGUGUGCCGGCCUUUUUUGCUGAAUGUCUUCGUGAGUCGAUGAGGCGGGCAGGUACGGAUGAUGAUACUCUGAUCAGGAUCAUGGUGUCCAGGAGUGAGGUGGAUAUGCUGGAUAUCCGGGCAGAGUAUAAAAAGAUGUAUGGAGAAUCUUUGUACCGUACCAUACAGGAGGACACUGCGGGAGACUACAGGAAGGCCCUGCUCUACCUGUGUGGUGGGGAUGAUUAG